AAGAACUAAAACUUCUGUGUGCAAUAAACCCAGAAGGCGGUUCGUACAUUCAGCUGAUCAUGGUUACAUAAGUGAAACCGGAGAACUUUGAACUAAUACGAAAAGUAGGUCACGGCAACUUUAUCGUGUUUGUGUGUCAGAAGAAUCUCACGAGAAAGAACUAAAGCUGGAAAUGUCGGAAAUGUACGACUGUAUCGUUAUUGGCGCAGGAAUCCAGGGGUCCUGCACUGCCUAUCAGCUGGCCAAAAACAAGCAGAAAACUCUACUGCUGGAGCAGUUUGUUCUGCCCCACUCCAGAGGGAGCUCUCAUGGCCAGACCAGGAUCAUACGGAAAGCCUAUGAGGAAGAUUUCUACACACAGAUGAUGCAGGAAAGCUAUGAGCUCUGGGCUCAGCUUGAGAAAGAAGCAGGUGUUGAGCUGUACAGGCGCACAGGCCUGCUGGUUAUGGGUCCAGAGAAUGGCGAGGGUUUCUCAUGCCUAAAGGCCACGAUGCAAAGGCACAAGAUUCCCACAGUGGUUUUGGAGAAGCAGGAGUUCAGCCAGCACAUUCCUAAUGUGAAUCUCACCGACGGGAACGGAGCGCUGAUGGACACCCUUGCCGGCGUGCUGUAUGCGGACAGAGCCCUCCGAGCUGUACAGAGGCUCUUUCAGUCCAGUGGAGGUGUGAUAAAGGACGGGGAGAAAGUGAUUGACAUUACGCCUGGUGUCGUGGUCACUGUAACCACAGGCUCUGGAGUCUACAGAGGGAGAAACCUGGUGAUCACAGCCGGACCCUGGGCAAACGCACUACUGACACACACCGGACUGCAGCUCCCGCUCAAAGUUGUAAAGAUUAACGUAUGCUACUGGAAGGAGAAGAUCCCAGGUACCUAUAGUGUCGGCCAGCAUUUUCCAUGUUUUAUACAGAUGGAGCCGAAAGAAGGGGAAUAUGACAUUUACGGCCUCCCGUCCAAUGAGUAUCCAGGACUAAUGAAGGUGUGUUACCACAUGGGCAGCGAGACUGAACCGGAUGAGCGAGAUAAACAGACGGAUAGAGGGGACAUCGAUAUUCUCAUGCGCUACGUCACCCGCUGUCUCCCUGGGCUGGUGCCAGUGCCUGCUGUGGUGGAGAGCUGCAUGUACACGAUGAACGAAAGUCUUACGGGUGUGGAACGACAUGAGGGUCACACCAGACCACCAUUUCCUCCUUGAUUCCCACCCAGCCUACGGCAACAUCAUCAUCGGUGCUGGAUUCUCAGGCCAUAGCUUCAAGUUCGGCCCCAUCAUAGGGAAGGUGCUCUCUCAAUUGGCCAUGGGGCAGGUUCCCUCACAUGACCUCUCACCUUUUCGUAUUAAACGUUUCCAGUCCCAUGCCAGAUCUCUACUUUAAGUCCAAGACCCUACAAUGACAAAACUACAUUUCAUAUAAUAAAACAGAAUGUUAAUGUCUGAAUAACUGUGCUAUGUUAAUUCAAUGACCAAAAACACUGUAAGGAGGCAUGGUCACCGUGAUUUUGCCAAGUAAGACAUGUUCCUGGUUGACAUAUUUUGUUGAUCCUGGAACAACAUUCCUGUCCGAACAUUUACCAUCUACAGGACAAGCUGGAUUCCACCAAAUAAUUUUUAUCUUUAUUCACACAAUAAUACUCUUUUACAUUGUAAUCCUAUUAUUUUUAAUAUUUGGCAUGUUUGCGCGUGCUGCUGCCCUGUGUGUGUAAUAAGCAGAGUGUACGCACGUUGCACACCCGCCUAUAGGCGCAUAUUACUAACGCACUCUUUAAAUAACAAAACAAAUAUUGCGCCAUUGACUUUAGACCAGGUUUCAGUUGGUCAAUGGAGUAGUCUAUUUCAGUUGCCUCAAAAUAGUAACGCACCAACAAUGCGCCUGAACACACCUCGUUUUCAGACCAGCACGCCCAUGGGCGCGAGUGCAUUUGCUAUUUGAACAACAUGGCGCAGGACGUGAAAGUGAUAACUGCAUUGGGCUGAAACUAGCAAAAAACACUUGCAUCGCGGCUGGUGCUGCAUUGCGCCAGUUGAAUGAUAGGGCCCAAAGUCCUAACCACAUCCCUAACCCUAACUAUAACUUUCCCCUAAAAUCAGAGGAAAAUGAUAGAUGAAUAACACUGAUGUAGAAGCACCUAACCCUAGUUGUAAGCCUAAACUUGAUAUCAACUGUAAAAUCUGAUUGGUUGAUUGGAAUGUUGAUCCAGGAACAUGUCACAUGAUCAUGUUCACCAAUGUGGCGUACAAAAUACACUAUUUUUCUAAUUGUUCAGUGUCAAGUUAACAUGAGACUAAAGAUCUGCUUAAGUAUUCAACUGGUAAAAAACACUUUUGCAACUUUGCAAAUAGAUUUUCCUUUGCCUUUUGUUAACAGGUUAAGAAGCUGACUUCUACCAUCAUAUUUUAACAUAAGAUCAUGUGAAAUGAAAUGAAAAAUACUAUAGGCUUUAUACAGACAAAAAUUAUGUUCCUAAGCAAUAGCCUGCUUUUUAAAUGGUUUCUAUGUAAGGUCUGGGUGAGUCUUAAUUUUUUUUGUUCAUAUUUUGUAUUUUGCUAAUUAAAUACUUUGAAAAGAGUAGGGUUUGGGGUUUUUUAACCAUUAUUAAUGAUUUAAUGUUUGUGAAUACAAUUAAUGUCAUACUCAAUUAAAAAUGUAUAUAAAUUAAAAAGUAAUCGAUUACUGUACUUGUUUUCUGUGUUUGUGUACUUGACUCAUAGUUAACUAAAACCAUAAAAAAACAUUUUUGUUGCUCGAAAUAAACAUUAAAUGAAAUAA